AUGGCAGAAGGUUCGGCUGGCAAGAAGUCGACGUACAAGGCCUCCACCUACGCCGCGAGUGGCCUUUGGCUGGAGCACUCCAAGGUCGAGUACGCUGCCAACCCGAAGAAAGGAAAGUCCUUCGACCGCUACGCAGCCUACGAGAAGGCAGCGACCAUCGGCGAGGCCCUGAAGGCUGGGGCGCUGCCGGCCGAUCUGCUGUUCGACUACGAGAAGGGCCACCUCAAGGUCCUUGGGCCACUGCGGGAAAAGCCCUUGGACAUUUUCACCCUGGAGGACAUCAACGAGCUCACGUACACGGACAAGGUGCUUUGCCGGUAUUCCUACUAUUCGCAGCCUCGAGACGACCAGAGCGGCGCUGGUAAGAUCCAGGUGCUGGAGGAGAGCCUCAAGAAGCAGAGGGCGACCAUGAAGAGGCUCGGGAAGAUCGAGCUGGCGAGGCAGCUGGACAUCGGGGACGUGGACAGCCUCAACGACUCGGUCGGCUUCUGGGAGACGCCCGUGAUGAUGGCCAAGCGUUCCGUUGCGGCCGCUCAGGCGCAAGAGUUUCUCGACCACGCGGAUGCGACCGGCGGCAAGAUUACGGAUUUCGAGGUCCUACAGGUGCUGCGCCUCUGGGACUUCCGGGAGAACGAGACCAGGAAGAAUGUGAUGAGGGAGGGGCAGACGUUCGUCUACUCAGACACCAUAGGCUUUGUUGCGGACCGCACCGGGCAUAUUCUGGCGAAGGAGGAGACGAAGCGCUAUCCACAGGUCGGUGUGCUUUUCAACCGUUGGCUCAAGGACCACAUCGACAGGGAGCAUCUGGGCACCGACUUUGUUUACACCUCCAUCAACAUCAACAAGAACUAUGCGGGAAGGCUGCACCGCGAUGGGAACAACGUGGGGCCCUCCUUCCUGAAGGCGUUCGGGAAUUUCAGCGGUGGCCAGCUGAAUUACUUUCCAGAAGAUGACCGCAGUUUGAAAAUAGAGGACCUCGACUCUAUGACUGACCAGAGCUCAAAGAUCGAUGUCAAAAAGGGGCUGCUCUUGUUCGACGGCAAACGAGGGCACUUCGUUGACGAUUUCGAAGGUGAACGCUACAGCCUAGUCUUCUUCACGUGCCCACGCUUCGAGAAGGCGUCGGACGAAAGUAGGCAGUUUCUCCAAAAAGCAGGCUUCCCCCUGCCGACCGCCGCGACAAUGGAAUCCGUCAUGGGUUUGCUCCGAAAGCCGAAAGGGUAUGGCGACAGCGGGAAGAAGGGGCAGAAAGCGGAGCAAGGCAAGACCACGGCCCCUAGCCUCCAUGACGCGCCGUGGAUCUAUUAUUCUUCGUGCACCCCGGAACUGGAUGCGGCAGAGGCGAGGGCAGAGGAGUUCUGGAACCGCAACGGCCUUAAGCAGGCCAAGGUCGACGAGGGGUCCAAGAAGGUCGGGAAGAUAGCAUGGGAGCACACCAAGAACGCGCGGGAUGCGAAGUGGGUCGACACGAUGUCCUUCCAGCUGCCCGGGAAGCCUUCUCGCAAAGACCUCAUCUUGGAGGGCCACAAGAACCUGGUCGACGCCGUCGCGUUCCUCAGCGCGGAGGAGGCGAAGGCGCCCAAGGCGGUGGCCAAGGAGGGGUGCUGCGCCAUCCUCUCCAACCGCACCAAGGUCUGGUACGCUCUGUACGCGCGGGGCCACAAGGCGCAGGCGCUGGCGGCCUUCCGUGUCGAGGCCACAGGGGCGAGACAGGCGUGCGCGAAGCCCGCGGCGCCGCAGGCCACCCCGCCGUCUAAGCGGGCGGCACCCGCGGGCAGGGAGGCGAAGAUCGCGCAGAGCUCCGAGAAGCGGCGCCGGACCAAGGCAUGA